ACAAGCCCACAGGAAAAUAAAGGAAUUAUUGUGUGGCUGCCUUUUUGAUAAAAAAAAACCAUCCCGUCUUCGCCCACUAUGCGGAGGCUUAGCAAUAGCAGCGGAGUUCACAUACGUCGUGUGUAAGGGGUAUUUUAUGGAAGGGGGACGCGGGAGAGGCUGUGAGGCUGAGGAGUCGGGGCAUCAGCUGAGCUGGAGAGAGGAGCGUUAGCAAGCUAGCCUUCGUGACAGAAACGGUUAUAACGGAGCAGCGACUUUUCGCUGGUUCACUUCAGUCAUCAUGACAACAAAUGGUAACAGUUUAACACCUGCGGUGGGAGAGAUCAUUCAGUUAAAUGUCGGCGGGAAGAGGUUCAGCACCUCCAGACAGACUCUGAUGUGGAUCCCAGACUCUUUCUUCUCAAGUUUACUGAGUGGAAGGAUAUCCACUCUUCGUGAUGAAACUGGAGCUAUAUUUAUUGACAGAGACCCAACAGCUUUUGCACCAAUACUGAAUUUCCUCCGAACCAAAGAACUGGACCUGCGGGGUGUCAACAUCAGCGUCCUGCGACAUGAAGCUGAGUUUUAUGGGAUUACUCCUUUAGUGCGGCGCCUGCUAUUGUGUGAGGAACUGGACCGCUCAUCAUGUGGUAGUGUUCUCUUCCAUGGUUACCUGCCACCCCCAGCCAUCCCCGCCCGAAAGUCAAGCCCUGCCUCGGCAGCUUCCGGCUCUGCCCCGGAUGAGCGGCCAGGCCCUAGUGGGGCAGAGGGCUUCACCCGUGUUGGCCCUCUUCUUCACCCAUCCUUCUCUGGUUCACCUGGAACAGAUGACAGCAACAAACUGGGGCCCAUGGUUGACCCUAGGAAGGUGCUGAUUAUAGCAGGACACCACAACUGGAUUGUAGCAGCCUAUGCACACUUUGUCAUCUGUUACAGGAUAAAGGAAUCAUCUGGAUGGCAGCAGGUGUUUUCCUCUCCCUACCUUGACUGGACCAUUGAACGUAUUGCACUCAAUGCUAAGGUGGUGGGUGGCCCACAUGGAGACAAAGACAAGAUGGUGGCUGCUGCCUCUGAAAGCAGCAUCAUUCUCUGGAGCAUCCAAGAUGGCGGCAGCGGUAAUGAGAUAGGUAUUUUCAGUCUUGGUGUACCCGUUGACGAUCUCUUCUUCAUCGGGAACCAGCUGGUGGCUACAAGUCAUACAGGAAAGGUUGGAGUGUGGAAUGCUGUCACACAACAUUGGCAGGUUCAAGAUGUAGUUCCAAUCACCAGUUGUGACACAGCAGGAUCCUUCCUGCUACUGGGUUGCAACAAUGGCUCGAUCUACUACAUAGACAUGCAGAAAUUUCCGCUGAGGAUGAAAGAUAAUGAUCUUCUGGUGACUGAGCUUUAUCAUGACCCUUCAAAUGAUGCCAUCACUGCACUGUCUGUCUACCUCACACCUAAAACCAGUGUGAGUGGGAACUGGAUAGAGAUAGCCUACGGGACUAGUAGUGGAGCAGUGAGAGUGAUCGUGCAACACCCGGAGACAGUAGGAUCAGGCCCCCAGCUCUUUCAGACAUUCACUGUGCACAGGAGCCCAGUGACAAAGAUCAUGCUGUCUGAAAAACAUCUGGUAUCAGUGUGUGCGGACAACAACCACGUACGGACAUGGACGGUGACCCGGUUCAGAGGGAUGAUCUCCACACAGCCAGGCUCCACCCCUCUAGCUUCCUUUAAGAUACUGUCUCUGGAGGAGGCAGAGUCUCAUGGGAGCUACUGCUCUGGGAACGAUAUAGGUCCUUUUGGAGAGAGAGAUGAUCAGCAGGUUUUCAUCCAGAAGGUGAUCCCCAUUACCAACAAACUGUUUGUGAGGCUCUCAUCAACUGGAAAAAGGAUCUGUGAGGUGCAGUCAGUGGAUGGGACCACCAUCACUUGCUUCAUGGUACGGGAGUGUGAGGGUUCCAGUCGAAUGGGGUCCCGACCUCGCCGCUAUCUGUUCACUGGUCACGGCAAUGGCAGCAUCCAAAUGUGGGACCUGACCACUGCUAUGGACACCGCCAAUAAAGCAGAAGAGAGGAAGAAAGAGGAAAUAGGUGGACCUACAGAGGAGGAGCUGCUACAGCUGCUGGACCAGUGUGACUUGAGCACCUCCCGCUGUGCAACACCGAACAUUAGCCCAGCGCCCUCCGUGCUACAUCACACACGCCUCCGAGAGUCCUGCUCGAGUCUGCAGUUACAGGCCCAGGAACCUAUUCCUGAGACUCAAGCUACUUACGGAGCCGUGCGACCCUACAGAGAGAGCCCCCUGCUGGCCCGUGCUCGUCGAACUGAGUCCUUCCACAGCUACCGAGACUUCCAGAACUUCAGCCUGAGCCGAGGUCUCCUGGACAGCACAGGCCAGAUCCCUGAUGCCCGCCGCUCUCUCUGUGACUUUGGGCCUGAAGACAGUGAGAGGAGAGCCUCAGUCAUGGAGUUGUGGGCUUCCCGCACCAGCAGCACAAGCUGUAAUACAACGGCUGCCACUGCUGGUGGUGUUUCUGUCACAAAAGUUGAAUCCAGUCAAGAAUCUGCACGUCAGCCUCCGGACAGCCCAAUUCCGGGAGGUGAUGUCAGGCGAAAGGUGCAUCCUCAGCCAGAAGAAGGAGAGGGUGCUGGUUUGGGAGGAGAUGCGGGGAAGGCUGAUGGAGGUGUGAAGAAGAGGGGAGUACUAGAAGGAGGCUUUCUAGGGAGAAAGAGGGCUCCUCCAGUUCCACACCUCACCUCUGUCCCCUCUGGAUCAGAAGGCGGUGGCAGCGACUCAUCUUCAAAUGCCUCUCCUUCCCCAACCAAACUGUCCACCUCGCCACGACACAGGAAGCUGGCACCUGAGCCAUCCAGUCAGGACAGCAGCCUGUGAGGGCACCUUUUCUGUUGCUCUCAGUGGAAGUUAUCUUGUGGAGAUACAUCCUGUAGGCGAUCAUGAUGGCAGACUAUAAGACCAAAAGAGGAACGCAAAGCCUGCAGCAGAGUGGCAUGGUGGUUAGCACUGCUGCCUCACAGUAAGAAGAUUCAACCAUCUGGCCGGGGCCUUUCUCCGUGAAGUUUGCAUGUUCUCCCCGUGUCUGCGUGGAUUCUCACCAGGUAC